CCAAUGAGUUCAACUUUCUGGACUUUAGUCUACUCAAAAUUUAUUCAUACUACAUCUCCUAUUUGGCUCUAAAUGCCUGGUUAUCGUCGGCCGUUGGCAAACGUAAUAUUCGAAUUUUGUCGGAGGAUAGUAGCAGGAGAGCCUGGCGACACGGACAACUGUGACAUUGUCUGGAAGAUAUUAGCUGAUGAGGUCGUUUUACGAAUAUUUGAAGGUGGCGCGGAUGUGGAAGAGGGGUCAGGAGAGGCCGGUCAGGAUCCCUCAGUCGAAACCAUCGUCGCCUUUCUAGCGGAAUGUGCCGAAGCUGUUGAACCUAGCGUCAAUGAAGACGAGGAUGAUGCAGAGCUUGCUGGCACCUUUGAAAGUCAUGGUUCAUCAUCUCCACAUACAACACCUCAUAUCAUCUCUGCUUUUACUUCACCUCUACUUUCUAGAGUACAAAGUGAUGUUCAUCCUGACGCUGGUUCCUCUCGGUCACAGUCACUGCACCCAUCGGAUGACUUUCCGGAAUACCUAAGUUCAAGUCCAUCUGGAAUACCGGCCAGUCGUUCGUAUCCGAUACAAGCCCUUUCAGCUCUUAUAUCUAUCUUUUCUCAACUCUGCUUCACUCCUCAUGCCCCACCUGCCAAUCUCGACUACGUUCUCGCUUACAUUCUUCGUGUUUUCGAAACACUUACGUUCGUGCUGGUAAAAGGGAAAUCGAUCCGUGUUCGUCUAGCCGCCCUUCAGUUUCUAUUGCGUCUGCGUGCCGAUCGCGACCAUAGGCUCUACUUCAGUGUCACCGGCUACGACCCAGAGGGUCAAGUUGUCUCUCUGUCAGCUUUGAUCAACCGAGUUGGCACAUCUGAUAUAGUCGACGCCCCCCCUCCUCCCACCCUCGAUGCCGUUUCACAGCUUCGCAAAGCCCGAGCUCGCGCGAGGCUACCUCCAUCUGAGCGCGAUGCGAUUACUUCUCGUGAUCGAGGCGGACGUCUAUCACAAUCUUUCAGCAGAAAUGCAACCAGUAGGAGCCGCUCCCGCGUCGGUGGAUCCGUCCUAGCGGGUUCUGGGACUAGGGUGUAUCCAAAUGCUGCGUUGUGGAGACUUCCCGAACAACUUUUAUUCUCAGUCUCAACUGUCGACACUCCUAGUGAAAUCCUAGGCACCUAUGACCCUAGUGGGCCGGAUGGUGUGGUUGUACUCCCAAUUUCGGAAUAUCUCUCUGCUCUUCUUAGUAUCUUAGAGUCAGAAAAAAGCUGGGACAUUUUGUCCUAUGUACUUUGUCACCUCCCAGUGCAAAUUUCCAACAAACACCUCUUUUGUGGGCCAAAAUCUCGAGUCGUAAUAUCUAAAAUCCUCGCAACGUUAUGUCUGGGGGUGCUCGAAGGCGGCAUAUUUGCUCGAAGCAUCGAGCGAUGGCCCGCCGGUAUCAAGAUACGGGAUGCGCAUGGCCUGGUCUAUCACACCUUGUCAGUCCUUGUGAGCUAUAAAGGGUAUUUUGAUACUAAGCAGAGACAUUCAUUGGUGGAGGUCUUCCUUGGAGGGCUUAGCGGUCAACCGGCGACUAUCAUGUGUUGCCUCAAUGCCUUGUCUGUCUCUGCCUUUGAGCUUCAGCCUUCGAUCAUACGAUAUCUUUCCAGCAUACUCGAAAAACUUUCUCAGAUCAUGUCGAAUCCUGACAUGGCCGUUCACAUCUUGAGCUUCCUUUCAAUUAUUGGCUCUCAUCCUCCGCUCUAUAGCAACUUCAUCGAAGAUGAUUACAAAAUGGUCUUUGGCGUUGCCCUUCAAUAUCUUCAACAUCACAACCGUAUGACUAGAGCGGAGUCCCCUGAUACCCCCAUGAGCUCAUGGGCGCUAUCACAGCACGUUAGAAUACUGUCCUAUCAUCUCGUAUACGUGUGGUUUUUAGCUGUCAAACUUCCGGACAGGCCAAAAUAUCUUCGUUACAUUACCAGGCAGCUGCUCCUUGCCAACGAAGGUAAUGACCAGGUCGACGAUCCCACAGAAGUAUGUUUCGACUGGCUGGCCAGAUACACUUAUGCGAGUGCAGAUCCGCGUCCAGCUAAUUCCCUCCUGCAAGAUAUCGUCAUCAAUCCUGCAUCCAAUCCUGAGGAGAAUGGGAAUAUACACUCUCUUGCAAGUGAGAAGACUUGGCUUCUUGGCAACUCCGUCGUCACCAUCCGUGUCCUUCGGAAACUUGGAUGGAUUGAAAUACUCUCUCGGAGACCUUCAGGGUAUACCAAAUUCUUGGGGAGACUAGAGAACGUUCCGUUAGUUGGUCCCGGAGAUGUAGACCCGGACAUGCUCACCAUCCCGGCUGUCCAUUUGAUGGAUCGUGAGUUCACUCGAGCGCAACGACCAGAUGCCGGCGAGAAUGUAACUGAAGAGGAUCGCGAAGAACAGCACCGAGUGGUCCGUAGUUUAUUGGAAUUCCCGGAUAACAAUCAGGACGAGCCUAAUCGACCAGAUCCAUUAGCUGGAUAUGUUUGGAGUAGAACUGCACCAUCCCAGAGACGUAAAGAUGUUGCCAUCGAUCCCUCCUUUUUCGCUCUUCAACUUUCUUCAUACCCAAAUCGUCUUGGACCUUCAAAUGUGCGCAUGCUUGUCGACUCGGCUGCUGUUCCCAAAUUCACUACCAAUCUCGACCGGAUGCCCGUCAUUGACACACACAAGGUUGGAAUAAUGUAUGUUGCACCAGGUCAAACGACGGAAGUCGAGAUUUUACGCAAUACCCACGGAUCUCCUGCUUACACUACUUUUCUCGAGGGAAUCGGGCGCCUAAUCAACCUACGCGGACAGAUCGACGUGUACGCCGGAGGACUCAAUCCUGACGAAGAUGGUGAAUAUGCAUAUGCGUGGUGGGAUGAUAUUGGUCAAAUCCUUUAUCACACAGCGACAAUGAUGCCCUCACAUCCUCACGACGAGCAUUCUACGUUCAAGAAGCGUCAUAUCGGGAAUGAUUUUGUUCGCAUCGUUUGGAAUGAUUCUGGAAUUCCAUAUCGUUUUGACACACUUACGACACAGUUCCAAUUCGUCAACAUUGUGAUCGAACCACACUCUGUUGGGCACAUCUCUGCGUAUUCGAAUAGUCUUCAUGAAACGGAGUAUUUCAAAGUCAUCGUACAGCGGGCAGAAGGUAUGAUAGAAUUUGCUCCUGUGGGUCACUACAAGCUAGUCAGUGCAGAGAAUCUUCCGCUGCUAGUUCGGCAGCUCAGUCUACUAGCGGAUUGGUUUGCAUAUGUUUUUUCACGUACAGAUUGCGAUACACAGCGGGUCGAAGUGCGGACAAAUUGGCAAGAGCGGCUAUCUGCUAUUAGGAGAUUCAAGGAUCAGCAAUAUAAAGUCAAUGUCGCUGAAGCGAAAGAGAACGGCUCUGUGGUGCACGAGUCGGUAUUGGUUGACGAUGACAAGGUACAAAAGGACAAUAUUUUAGCACAAGAAGCGUUCCGGGACUUUACUUCUUCAUUUUAAGGCCUUCACGUUAUUUCAGGUUGUUGGUAUAUCUGUAUCUGCUUGAUUUAUGUAUCAUACUUGAAUUUUUUUUGUAUAAAGCGCUUGUGUUCACUAGUACAUACUGUCUCACACUGGGAGGCCCUGGAUUUGCGCCUAAUGAUACUUGAUUAGUAAUACUACCGUCCCGCUCCCCGGUUGCUGUUCAGUGUCCCCGGUCAUCGAAGGGCCUUCCUUCUCCGUUU